CAAAAAAAAAAAGAAUUAUCUUCUGGGUUUUGGCUUCAUCCGGGUGGUAAAGCUAUCAGCAUUAAGGCUUGAGCAAUUAGCAGUCGUAGCUUCGGGAUGAGCAAAAACCACCUCUGACUUCACUCACGUCAUCAUCAUCAUCAUCAUCAUCUCAUCUUCUGAUUUUCGGUGCUAUGGCGACUCAAUCUCCGCCUCCUCCCAAUCCAGCGGCUGAUGAUCCUACAAAACCAGCUACAGAACCAGCACAACCAACAAAUGAGGCACAGCAAGAUGCUCGAGAUGCUGCUAAACCGAUUUCUUCUCCGUCAGUGUUUGUGAACUCAGAACCUAUGAGGGAGGAGCAAGUACAGAAUGCUGUAAAAUUCCUUUCACACCCUAAAGUCAGGGGUUCGCCAGUUAUGUAUAGAAGAUCUUUUCUAGAGAAGAAGGGUCUCACAAAAGAGGAGAUAGAUGAGGCUUUUCGGCGUGUACCUGACCCAACUCCAAGUGCACAGGCAACUACUAUUAAUCAAGAUGGGCAGGUGAAAUCAUCAGCUAACAAUCAGCCACAGGCAACAACACAAGCUUUGCAGCCUGCAACAGCUGCUCCUGCUGGUGUUAUUACACCAGUGAGGACAUCAAUGAUGUCCCGAUUUCACUGGUAUCAUGCUGUUCCUGCUGUAGGAUUUCUGGCCGCUUCAGGUGCUGGAACUGCCGUUUUAAUCAAGAAAACUUUUGUCCCAAGGUUCAAGUCUUGGAUACGGAAAGUUGUAUUGGAAGAAGAAGAUGACAUUUCAAAGAAACCUAAUGGUAAACCAAGUUUGGCAGAAGAAGCAGCAGCGGCCGCCAAAUCAGCUGCAGCUGCAGCUGCUGAUGUGGCAAAGGCAAGCCAUGAAAUGCUGAAUUCAAAAAAUGAUGAAAGAAGAUACUUUGAAGAAUUUAUGAAUCUGUUAGAUGUGCAAGUUCAGGAAAUGAAGUCCAUGAGUAAUGCCAUAAGGAAGUUGGAAGGACAAACUACAUAUUCUGAGAGAACCUCUUUCGUGAAUCAGGAAGAUCAUAGGGUCUCAGUCACAAGUGUGAAGCAACCGUACAUGAAUGGCAAGUCAGACUUUGACUCUCGAGCAGUGAGGUCUUCCUCACCUCCUGCCACUGGUGAACCCUCUGUUGCACCCCACCCGAAGUCAUAUAUGGAGAUUAUGGCGAUGGUCCAGAGAGGGGAGAAACCUUCCAACAUUAGGGAGAUAAAUGAUCAACCUCCGAACCCUAACCAGCAAUUAUCAAAUCCGCGCUUAGUGCCUAGAGCUAAGCCUUGGGAGGUUGGUCAGGCCCAAAAUAGCUCUAACCAAGUACUUCAGUCUCAAGUAAGUGUGGAAGGCUUGAAUGCCAAGGUUCAAGAUAAUGGGCAGAACUAUCAGAUAGAGGAUGAGAAUCCAGUGCCUUGGUGGCAGCGGAAAAAUGUGAGGAUCACAGAAGUUGAGAAUGAAGAUGAAGUCAAGAGUCGACCUUAUGGUGUGCGAACCAAUGAGCCACCGGUUCGGCGGGCAUGGGUUCCACCUCAGCCACCUCCUGUUGCAAUGCCAGAAGCAGCAGAAGCCAUCCGGAGGCCAAAAUCAGCAGUUCCGAAAGAACAGUUGGCUGAAGAUGAGUCAGUAUCUAAUAAUUCAGAUGUUACUAAUGAGUUGCAGAGGAUCACAAAGAUAUCUGAAACUGGAGGUGCAGUAGAACAGAUGAACGGUGGGGGCUUAGUGAUGAACACAAGUGAGAUACAGGAAGAACAAGAAGACAGCAUCGAGGGGAACUGAAAGGUGAUUCACUUCAUGUGAUCAGCUUGACCUAAGGUACUCAAUAUACUUGGGAAUGAUAGUAGUUGUUGAAUCA